AUGUUGUCUCCAACCAUUCUCGUGGCGUUCUCUACAGUGGUUCUGGCCACUGUGAAGCUCCAGGAUCCUUCCGAUAUCAUUCCUGCGUCUGACUGGGCCGCUGAUAACGCCCUCAUUGCUGAUUACAAUGCCCCGUUCCCAGCAAACGGACAGCCAGAGGACUUUGAGUCUCUUGUGUUUGUCUCGGUGGUCGGUGUGCACGACAUCAAGGACAAGUCUGUUUCAGUCGACCAUGUCACUUGGCAUGCCACCAAGAACGAUACCAGUGUCGUUCUGAACUGGGCCAGCUUCUAUGGCUUUAAUGCCGCCGUCAACGUUGUAAGUUUCUUCCUCUCAAUCCCUCGAAGGCGUCAUUGGUACACAGCUGGCAUCCUGUUCUACAAGGCAAAUAAAUCUGUCGCCGUCCUCGAUCAUGUUAACAUCACCGUUCAUAACGGCGCUGCUAAUGUAUACUCAUACGGGACAGGCACCGUCGUCAACGUGACCAACAGCUGGCUGUAUUCCAGUGGACCCGUGAGCCAUGGCCUCUAUGCAUCUGGAAACGGCACCAUUCAUGCCAAGAACCUGCAACACUACUCCGGAGGCCAUCGCUCUAGCGCUUUCUCGGGAGACAGUCCAGCUGGCUACAUUUAUGUCGAGGAUUCUGUCUCGCGCGUUCGUGGAAUCGGCUCCGCAACCUACUAUGCUCUUGGUGAGAUCCAUGCAACCAACGUUGCAUCUGUCGCGGAACAGGGACCUGUCGUCUUCUCAGACGGGAAACAGAAGAUCUAUCUCAAGGACUGUUCGGCUCAGGCCGGUCUGCUCGGCGGCGCUGUCCUCUUCAGCAGCUCCGUGCGUCGUGCUGGUGCAGUGCUAGAUCUCGAGGAUACCACUAUCACUACCACCGGCAAGACCAUGCCCGGCUUGUGGUUUGGCAACGUCAUUGCUGAUGCCAGACUCAAGAGCGUGCACUGA